CUGGAUCUGAGAGCCUGCUCUACUUGUACGAUCAUGGACGCAGAGGAGCAGCAGCACGUCCUGCAACACAUAUUGCACCCAGAUCCAGCCAAUGCUGAGGAAAUUCUGGGCGAGCUGGGUCUCGCGGGCAUCCCCGACUCAGAACAGGUGCACAGGGAAAUCGAGGAGAAGCUCCUUCUGCCCAAGGACAAGCUACCAGAGCACUGGCUCCCAACAUAUCAGAUACAUUGGGAACAUGAACUGUCAAUCCCUUCGUUGCUGUCCAUGGAGCCAUCGCCACCACCAACUACCCUCGCGUUUGUCCGCACAGGCUUGCACGGACGGGUGACCGGGUACACAGAGGUUGCCAACCCACGCGUGAGCACCGGGCUCACCUCGACCUCUCUCGACCGCGCGCCCGGUCCCAGCAGCAGCUUCGUGCGGGGAAAGACGGGCUUCGUUCCCUUCUGGCCGGGGGGCCUCGACGACAUCAAGACCGAUACAGCUGCGAUUGACGACCUACACGAAGGGGCGAAGGGCCUUAGGAAGGUGGCCCCCGGAUUAAGUCGGGGCUUGCGGUUGCCGGGCGACGAAGCCGACGAGGAUGCGUUGGAGGACUUGGAGUUUACUCAGGACGGAGCUCGGAGAGCCCUCGAUCAAGAAAACGGAGACGCGGUACCUCAUGCCAAUGGGGAUGCCCAAGUAAACGGUGGAGUAUCAGGCGCACCAUCCGACAUAGAUGAUCUACUGCCAACAACACGAUCUCACCUCAACGCCAUUAAGCCUGUGCGGAAACCAGCCCGUCGGACCAAUAUUCAGAAACGGGAAUGGGCUCACGAAAUCGACAUCAACAAGCCCAUGACAAAUUUCCACGAGCUGGUCCCUGAGAUGGCACACAAGUAUCCGUUCGAGCUCGAUACGUUCCAGAAGGAGGCUGUAUACCACCUCGAAAUGGGCGACUCCGUCUUUGUCGCCGCGCAUACAUCGGCGGGAAAGACGGUCGUGGCCGAGUACGCCAUCGCGCUCGCCGCAAAACAUAUGACCCGAGCUAUCUACACGUCGCCCAUUAAGGCGCUCUCGAACCAAAAAUACCGCGAUUUCAAGCAGACGUUCUCGUCAUCAUCCGUGGGCAUCCUCACGGGCGACGUGCAGAUUAACCCGGAGGCGAACUGUCUCAUCAUGACGACGGAGAUUCUGCGGAGCAUGCUGUACAAGGGCGCAGACCUGAUCCGUGACGUCGAGUUUGUGAUAUUCGACGAGGUGCACUACGUGAACGACGCAGAGAGGGGCGUUGUCUGGGAAGAAGUCAUCAUCAUGCUUCCGGAUCACGUUAACAUCAUCUUGUUGUCGGCGACCGUUCCGAACGCGAGGGAAUUCGCAGACUGGGUUGGGCGAACUAAGAAGAAAGACAUCUACGUGAUUUCGACCGCCAAACGGCCCGUACCCCUCGAACAUUAUCUGUAUGCCGGACGCGACAUGUACAAAAUCGUGGACGCUGAGCGUCGGUUCCAGUCCCAGGGAUACAAGGAUGCAGGCGAAGCUUUGCGGCGCAAACAGGACAAAGAACGCGAAGCGGCUGGUCUGCCACCCGUCCAGAGACUCGGCGCCCGUGCAGCGGCCCCACAACGGGGCCAGCGCGGUGCUGCAGGCGGGCGCGGGGGGCAGCGAGGCGGUACUGGGCGAGCUGCUGCUCCGGUUUCCCGCGGAGGUUCGUCCCGGACGUUCCAUCAACCGGACAAGAACCUCUACGUCCACCUUCUCGGCCAUCUGCGCAAGAAAUCGCUGUUGCCCGUCGUCGUCUUCACGCUGUCGAAAAAGCGGUGCGAAGAGAACGCGAGCACGCUCACGAACGCGGACCUGUGCACGGCGGUGGAGAAGAGCGAGAUCCAUGUUGCACUUGAGAAGGCGUUCUCACGACUGAAAGGCAGUGACAAAAAACUCCCACAAAUUCGUAGGAUGCGCGAGUUGCUCUCUCGCGGUAUUGGUGUGCACCACGGUGGAUUACUACCUAUAGUCAAGGAAGUCGUGGAGAUCCUCUUCGCGAGGGGCUUAGUCAAAAUUCUCUUCGCUACGGAGACUUUUGCCAUGGGAGUGAACAUGCCGGCUAAAUGCGUGGUCUUCUCUGGCAUCCGGAAACACGACGGCCGUAGCUUCAGAGAGAUCCUCCCGGGUGAAUAUACCCAGAUGGCAGGCCGGGCUGGCCGUCGUGGUCUGGAUCCCACUGGCACGGUAAUUAUCGUCGUCGGCGACGAACUUCCGGAGCAAGGGGUACUGAACACUAUGAUUUUGGGAACACCGACCAAACUGCAGUCGCAAUUCCGACUGACCUACAAUAUGAUUCUCAACCUGUUGCGCGUAGAGGCUCUGCGUGUAGAGGAGAUGAUCAAGCGUAGUUUCUCCGAGAACCGCACUCAGAAGCUUCUCCCCGAUCAACAAAAUAAGGUCAUAGAGCACGAGAAAGCUCUGUCAACGCUCCAUAAACUGUCUUGCGACGUAUGUUCGCCGGAUAUUGAGCGGUACUAUGAUGCCUCGUUCGACAUCGUAGAACUCAACCGUGACCUCGUAUCUAUGGCGGUCCAAAACGUACAAGGAUCAAAGCUGUUUACAACAGGAAGAUUAGUGGUUCUGCGAGACGGGCACUUCCAAUGGAAGGUGGCGGUCAUCCUGAAGGGCGGUAGAACCGUAGACAACGUCAGGAUGUUCUUUGUGCUGGCAAUGGUGGACCUAGAUACGAAGAGACGCACUCGUGAUGCGGACGAACAGAGUCUUGUGCCACAAUGGCCGCCCGGAGCGGCGCAGCUCCUGGUCGACGACGCCACCUAUGAAUUCCGAGAGGUGCCUGUGACCAGCAUUGCGAUGGUCACCGGAAACACGAUCAAGGUUGAGCUAGACUACAUCAUGUUGGGACGGAUAGCGUAUAUGCAAGAGGCCAUUCGAGCGUUGUCCGGUGUCCUAGAACAGUGGCUGCAGUCAGACUCCAUUCCCGAGGUGGACUGGAGUCGCAUGCGGUCUCUCGAGUUCCAGGAGACACUGCGCGCAAGGAACGAGCGCGCGAAACGUUUGGUCGCUGCACAAUGCACGUCAUGCCCCGACUUUGAUGACCAUUACCUGCAAAUUCACGCCGAGAAGGUGCUACGUGCCAACAUCGCCGACCUGCGCCGCGCGUUGUCCGACCAGAACUUGGAGCUGAUCCCGGACUACGAACAACGCAUCGAAGUUCUCAAAGAGCUCAAAUUUAUCGACGAGAAUUCUACAGUCCUGCUCAAGGGUAGAGUCGCAUGCGAGAUCAACUCCGCAAACGAACUCGUGCUCACCGAGCUCAUCCUCGAGAACACACUUGCGCCGUUCGAGCCCGAGGAGGUCGUUGCCAUGCUCUCAUGCUUCGUCUUCCAGGAGAAGACGGAUGUUGAGCCGGUCAUCCCACCAAAGCUCGAGCAGGGCCGCGAUGCCAUCAUCGCCAUCGCGGAACGCGUCGGCGCGAUCCAGGACCGCCACAAGGUCCCCGGCGAGGAGUUCCGGCAGCUCAAGUUCGGGCUGAUGGAGGUCGUGUAUGAGUGGGCGAAGGGCAUGCCCUUCGAGCAGAUUACAGAGUUGACGGACGUACCGGAGGGAACGAUCGUUCGUGUCAUUACUCGUCUCGACGAGACAUGCCGUGAAGUGAGGGACGCUGCCCGCGUCAUCGGCGACGCGGACCUGUUCAAAAAGAUGGAGGAGUCGCAGAUCAAGAUCAAACGAGACAUUGUAUUCGCCGCAAGCCUGUAUUUCUAGUCUACUCACCCAACACAGACAUCUCAGUCCAUGUAGCGUUGCACCUUGCCGUCACGGAUUCCUCACCUCACAUGUAGCC